CAGCGGCGGAGGAAGGGCCGGUCGCGGGAGGGACGGGCAGGAGCCGGGCGCUUUCCAGCCCCCUCCGCGGGCGAGGGGCGGGGCGGAGCCGCAGUCCCGGUUGGCCGCCCGCGAGCGCCGCGGGCCGUUGGCAGACAGGCGGACCGGCACCCGCCAGCGGGCAAGGGAGGCGGAAGGGCCCGGGCGGCGUGCAGGGGGCAGCAGGAGAGGAGAGGAAGGGCGGGAGAAAGCGGCAGAGCGUGAAACGCUGCCGGAGGGAGAGCAGCAGCCCUGCCGGGUGCGGUGCCAAACAAUCCGGAGCAGCCCUUGAACCCCCGCCCGCCUUGGCAAGGUCACCCUCGCCAUGCCACUUCUUGAUCUCCAAAACCAGCUGGGCAUUAACCUAGACAGAUGGAUGCUCCGCCUGAGUAGCAAGCAGUCCUUUCAGCAGCCCAGCGUGUGCCACACGUUUGAGAAGGAGUGGCUGGAGUGCUCGGAAGGCAUCGGGCUGACCCGGGCCAAGGAGGAGUGCCGUCUGGAGGCCGAAGAUCUGCAGGAAUGCAUGACCAAGCGCAAGAUGAUGCAACGUGUCCGAGCCAUCUUGAAGCAAAGGGACUUAAUGAUUAAGGAGGGGAAAUACACGCCACCCAACUACCAGAGUGACUGAAAAUUUGGCUGUGAUCCCCAAGGAGAAAACUUCCUUUGCUCCCUAGAAGCCGAAGAGAUCUGUUCUUAAUACUUCGUUAAAGAAUGGUUUCGUUGGAACCUUUUCAUUUCUCUUUUGGUUUCUAGUCCAGCCCAUGAAUAAAAUUCUUUGGGACCUGAAAUGUAA